CGUAAAGAAAAAAACGUCCGUGUCAGCCGCCAUACGUGUGUUUGGAUGUAAAGCGAGACGCGAAAUUGAGCGUUGAUUUCGCGUUAUUUCGUCUGUUUAAAUCAAAUUCGGAAUAUUUUGGGGCCAGCUGACUUGCGCUGGAGCGAUGAAGGGAGAGGCGGAAGUGAAGUCACUUGACAGACCGUCCAUGUUAUUAUUGUUAUUUUGGUAGCCCUGCGAUGAGACGGGCAGGGGAGCCGUUGGUCUCCGAGACAACGACCGUUGACGUUACCGCAGGCCGCCCCGGACCGACACCACCACCCUCCCUGACCCGGAGACAGGAGCCUCGCUGACGGCUGGGGGGUGGGAGGGAGGAGGGUGUGAGGACCCAGCUUCAGCUCGGCUCCUACACUACACCCCGGCCGACCAAAAAUAAAACGGCGACAAAAACAAUAACGGUGUUCGUCAAACGGCUCGACUGGUGUCUGCGCGGUUGGUAACAGGGACGUGCCGCCGCAGACAUGAACGGUAUCACCAAGGGCCGGUUCGAGGUGUUCUCUAACAGCGAUGAAGCCCCCAUUAACAAGAAGCUCCCCAAAGAGCUUCUUCUUAGAAUAUUCUCCUAUCUCGAUGUGGUUACACUCUGUAGGUGUGCCCAAGUAUCUAAGGCGUGGAACGUCCUGGCUCUAGAUGGCAGUAAUUGGCAGAAGAUUGACUUGUUCAACUUUCAGACAGACAUAGAGGGCCGGGUGGUGGAGAACAUUUCCAAGCGAUGUGGAGGCUUCCUGAGGCAGCUGAGCCUCCGGGGCUGCCUGAGCGUGGGAGAUGCCUCCAUGAAGACGUUUGCUCAGAACUGCAGGAACAUCGAAGUGUUGAACCUGAACGGUUGCACCAAGAUCACAGACAGCACCUGUCUCAGCCUCAGCAAGUUCUGCUCCAAACUCAAACAGCUCGAUCUCACAUCCUGUGUGUCCAUCAGCAACCACUCCCUCAAAGCCCUCAGCGAUGGCUGCAGAAUGCUGGAGAUGUUGAACCUGUCAUGGUGUGAUCAGAUCACACGCGAUGGAAUCGAGGCUCUGGCUAGAGGCUGCAAUGGUUUAAGAGCACUGUUCCUUAGAGGCUGCACACAGCUGGAUGACGGAGCUUUGAAACACCUUCAGAAACACUGCCCAGAACUCACCACCAUCAAUAUGCAGUCUUGCACACAAAUAACAGAUGAAGGCCUGGUCAGUCUGUGCCGAGGAUGCCACAAGCUACAGAUCCUUUGUGUGUCAGGCUGCAGCAACAUCACUGAUGCCUCCCUCACUGCAAUGGGACUCAACUGUCCUCGACUCAAGAUCCUUGAAGCUGCACGAUGCUCCCAUGUUACGGACGCUGGGUUCACUGUGCUGGCCAGGAAUUGUCAUGAGCUUGAAAAAAUGGACCUAGAAGAAUGUAUUUUGGUGACAGAUAACACCCUGGUUCAGCUGUCUAUCCACUGCCCACGCCUGCAAGCCCUGGUAAACAUUUACAGCUCUGCCACAAACACAGUGUCUGCCUUUAUGAAUGUGUGUGAAGUGUUAAUCCAUCUCUCUGUGUGCCCUGUGCAGUCUCUGUCCCACUGUGAGCUGAUCACAGAUGAUGGUAUCAGAGCUCUAAGCAGCAGUACCUGUGGACAAGAGCGCCUCACUGUGGUGGAACUGGACAACUGCCCACUCAUUACUGAUGUGACCCUGGAGCACCUGAAGAGCUGCCAUCGCCUGGAGCGUAUUGAGCUCUAUGACUGUCAGCAAGUCACCAGGGCAGGGAUCAAACGUAUACGGGCCCACCUUCCAGAGAUCAAGGUCCACGCCUACUUUGCGCCUGUGACACCCCCUCCCUCUGUACAUGGAGGUGGCCAGCGUCUGUGCCGCUGCUGCAUCAUCCUCUGACAGUGGAGGGCCAGGGGGGGCCACCUCUGUCUACAGGUCCUGCUGCUCUGAUUGGGGCUGUUAUAGGGUUUGGGGUGGGGGACUGGGUUAGGUGAAGGGGAGAGGAGGGGCUGGACCCACUCACUGCUCCUGAUCACUGAUCAAUAUAUAGACUGAUGGCCACUGAUCCCUGAUCAGCUGAACCCGCCCCUCCUCUCCUCUCUCCUCUCGCUCACUGAUCAGCAUUGCAGCCGUCCCUGGGGUUUGGGCGUGGAGGGGUGGAAGGAAAGAAGAUGGAUGGAUAGACUCCCUCUUUUCCUCUUUGGUCUCAUUCUCUCUUCCUCGCUGUAAAGACAAACACAGGUUCUCCACGCCAUUCUGCUCCACACACCCCUGACUCCCCACCUGUGGGCGGAGAGGACUGCACCUGGACAGCUGGAAGUGAAGGGGAGGGGUCUGAACAGUGGAACUACAAUGCAUCAUGUUCAAACUAAAAAAAAAAAUGACGAUAUUGUCAUCUUGGACAAGAGUUUGCUCAUCUCAACCAAUCACAUGACACCUCUAUGUGACCAUCCUGUGAUUCAUUCUGCUUUGACCAAUAAACACCAAGCAUGGAGGUAGAGGAGUGCUGAUAAAAACAGAUCAGACAGAUAAAAACAGACGCUUUGGCACAGCCAGCUCAACUCUCCUGCACAGAAGAGUCAGGAAGAAGAGAGGAAAUAUAGAACAGGACACGUGACAAAUUUGUGCAUCUGAGAAACUUUUUGUUGAGAUUUCAAUUUCGUUCAUACAGAGAAUGUUUUGCAAUGGGGGAAAAAAAGAAUCACAGUUAUGGGGACUCAAAAUUGGAGUAGGCCAACAGAAAUUGUUUUAUUUUCUUUCUUUUCAGUACUUACUGUAAAUGUCCAUGCCUGUGUCAUUCUUUUUUAAAAGAAAAAGAAGAAACUGUUGGACCUAUGAUUCAGACCCUCAGUGUCUAAAAGCGUUAUGUGGGCUUUGUGUGCUACUGGGAUGAGAGGCCUCUUGUGUGUAUUGAUGGUUAUGUUGGCUUGUAGGCCCUGAUCCAAUCCUGUCAGUAGCCCUGUGCACUAGCUCCUACUUGACGACUUAAGCAUUUGUUUACAUCCUGGAUUAGCUUAGCACUACAGACAAACUUGUUUACACAAGUAGACCUCCAGUCUCCCUACUGUUUAGAGCAAGUUUAGUGACGCUGAUUCAACUGUGGUUUACCCACUCUAUAACUGGACUGUGGCAUAACUUAUUUCAAUUUGACUGUGUGUAUUUGGACAUCAAUCAGGGCUAAAGGUGCAACUUUGCUGCAAAUGAAAUUACAUUUUCCUUUAAAGUGAGAGAAUAGUUAUCACAUUGUAAGCAAAUGUACCUCAAGUUUAUGACAAUCAUGUGAAUUGAUGUAUUUGAAAUUUGGUGUAGCUUUGUGUAAUCAGCAUUUUGUUCACAGUGUAGGACAUGAAUUUUCUGUGCUCUGUAUACUCAAUUUGCUUAAUGCCUAAGAAGCUCAUAAGGAAUCAUAAAACAUGAUUUGGAAAAGGCAUGGAAUUUUUUUUAUUGUUUUAAUCAGAAAAAAAUGUUACAUUAACCCAAUAUGCAGUGAAAACAUGAAAACCAAGAGUUUUUUCUGCUCUAUUUAGACAGUCCUUCACAUCAAGAUGAUUAGCAGAGCAACAGAAGGUAGGGUAUGAUAUACCACCAUUCAGAGAUAAUACGCCAAAACAACGGCAUGUUUCAAUAAGUGCUCAAAGACUGGGGAGACUGGCAGGACUAUGGAUAGGACUGAAACAAGGAGAGCAGAGAGAGACAAUGAGAGACUCAGAUGGACUCAUAAACAUAGCUGACUUGACUGGCUGUGAUACUAAUGCCCUCUCUUUGACAGCUGUUUUAACAAUUUUAUGUUUAAGAAAAUAAAGAAAUAAAUGAACAAAAAAUAAACAAAUGAAUAAAUAAAAGUGACUAAUAGUAAAUGUG